AUGACUGAUAAUCACGGUUGCAUGCUCGUGUUCCGCAAGGAUCUCAUUAGUGCCAUGAAACUACCAGAUUCUCACCAUGUCAACCCUGAUGAAUAUUAUAUCUUUGCGGACACAUGGAAACAAGAAUGGGAGAAAGGGGUUCAAGUUCCAGCCAGUCCAGAAACUAUUCCACAGCCUUCUCUCAGGGUUGUAGCAGAAAAGGUGAAAGAAGUGCUGUAUACUCGACCCAGGAAAUACAUCCACUGUUCCAGCCAAGAGCCCACAGAACCAGGUUACAUCAACAUUUUGGAACUGGCAGAAUCUGUGUGUCGCUAUGACUUGGAUGACAUGGACAUCUUCUGGCUUCAGGAGCUAAAUGAAGAGCUUACAGAAAUGGGAUGCGGCCCCCUGGAUGAAAACACAAUGGAAAAGACAAUUGAAGUGCUGGAACGGCACUGUCAUGAGAACAUGAAUCACGCUAUUGAGACUGAAGAAGGAUUGGGUAUCGAAUACGAUGAAGACGUCAUCUGCGAUGUGUGCCGGUCCCCUGACAGUGAAGAUGGGAAUGACAUGGUGUUUUGUGACAAGUGUAAUAUCUGCGUCCAUCAGGCAUGCUAUGGAAUCUUAAAAGUACCCGAAGGGAGCUGGCUGUGUCGCACCUGUGUCCUGGGAAUACAUCCUCAGUGCCUCCUGUGUCCCAAAAGAGGAGGCGCCAUGAAAGCUACCAGGACAGGGACCAAGUGGGCACAUGUGAGCUGCGCUCUCUGGAUUCCAGAGGUUAGUAUUGCUUGCCCAGAAAGGAUGGAGCCAAUCACAAAGGUGUCUCACAUUCCACCGAGUCGAUGGGCUCUAGUGUGUAGUUUAUGCAAACUGAAAACUGGUGCUUGCAUUCAGUGCUCUGUGAAAAGCUGUAUCACUGCCUUUCAUGUCACCUGUGCCUUUGAGCAUAGCUUGGAGAUGAAGACUAUCCUGGAUGAUGGGGAUGAGGUCAAGUUCAAGUCGUAUUGUCUGAAGCACAGCAAGAACAAACAGAAUUCGCUGCCUGAUAUUGACGAGCACCCCAAGAGUGUGCCAGACCAGAAGCAGACAGAGAGCGAGAAAACCAGUUUGCGAGCCCAGAAACUCCGAGAGCUGGAAGAAGAGUUUUACUCACUGGUUAAAGUGGAAGAUGUUGCAGCAGAACUGGGCCUUCCUAAACUUGCUGUAGAUUUCAUCUACAAUUACUGGAAAUUAAAGCGAAAAAGUAACUUUAACAAACCAUUGUUUCCUCCCAAGGAGGAUGAAGAGAAUGGCUUGGUGCAGCCGAAAGAAGACAGCAUUCAUACUCGCAUGAGGAUGUUCAUGCAUUUGAGGCAGGACCUGGAGAGG